GGCGGGGUGCGGAGAGGGCACGACGGUACUGGCAGGGCAGCUCCAACUUGCCGGUAGGGGGAAGAGAAAUGCUCGUGUUGCCGGGGAGGGGUGUGGGGGGUGUGUUCGCUUCGCGUCCCCGCGGUUCCCCUCAAAUCCUACCCUCAGUUUAAAAAUCGCUCUCUUGGCAUAAGCGCUCGGGAGCCAGGCUCACUCUAUCGCCGCUGACGCUGUCAAAAUCGCUGUGGCUCCAGCAGUAACAACAGCGAGCCCCCUCCCUCUCUCUCUCCCUCCGCCGGGUCACCCGCUCCUCGUGAGUAACCAACGCUGAUAUUCCUUUGGCUUCAUCUUCCCGGCUUACGCGAGAGUGCGGAAGACUUGCUAAUUAAUUUACAUAGGAGGGAAUGAUGUCUGAAGGAAGGAAAAAAUACCCCGUUGCACCUGCUCCGCCGAGACUUGUCAUCUGAAUCUGGAGGAGAGCUAUAAAUCAUGUAAAGUGUUCGCGGUGGAGUCGGCUUCUUCUGAGAGCUAUAGGAUUAUGUAUCCAAAUGCUGAAUUUGUAUUUCCCACUAGGAAAAGACUGAAACUCAGAUGCUUCAGAAACUUGCUGUGUGCUUACCACGGGUUCUGCCAACCAUCUCAAGAGGGGACUUACAUGUUCUUUCAUUAGUAAGCAUAACGUUAUCUUGAAAUAAUUAUUCCUCUCCACAUGGCCUUCCUACUAGUGUCAGCUUAUCUUCUGCUGACUCAUGCUCGGGGUGCUCCUGUUGAGAAUGGGGCACUGUUGGAAACACUGAAGUCACAAGUAGGAUUAUUCAGCAAUAAAAGUGAACACUAUUCAACACAGGUGAGACCUCCUGGCACGAGCCGACAAAUACCUCAGACAAUCAUCAUAGGAGUUCGUAAAGGAGGGACAAGGGCUUUGCUGGAAAUGUUGGAUAUUCAUCCUAAUAUUGUGGUAGCAGCUACAGAAGUCCACUUCUUUGACUGGGAUGAAAAUUAUGUGAAAGGAAUAGACUGGUAUAGAAAUCUGAUGCCAUUUUCUUAUGGAAAUCAAAUAACAAUUGAGAAAACACCAGGCUAUUUUACAUCACCACAGGCUCCAGGAAGAAUUCAUGACAUGAAUAGCUCCAUUAAACUGCUGCUCAUUCUAAGAGAUCCCACUGAGAGAGUUAUAUCUGACUAUACCCAAGUAUAUUACAACAGAGUAGAAAGCCACAAGCCUGUUCAGCUUUUUGAAGAUAUUGUUAUUAAGAAUGGAGUGCUUAAUACCAAAUACAAAGCUAUUCAGAGAAGUCUAUAUGAUGUUCAUAUGGAAAAGUGGCUUAAGCAUUUCAGUUUGGAUCAGAUUCAUAUAGUGGAUGGCAAUACUUUAAUCAAGGACCCUCUUCCUGAAUUACAAAAAGUUGAAAGAUUUCUAAAUCUUCCUUCUCGAAUUAUGUCUUCUAAUUUUUAUUUUAAUCAAACCAAGGGAUUCUACUGCAUUAGAAGUGAUGGGAGGGAGAGAUGUUUACAUGAAUCCAAAGGACGUCCCCAUCCUCUUGUUAACAGCACUGUUUUAGAGCAGUUGUAUUCUUACUUCAGAGAGCACAAUGCAAAAUUUUACAGAAUGGUUAAUCAUUCCUUUGACUGGCAUUAAUACAUCUGGAGUCAAUAUUCCUUAAAAAGGGACUGAAGCAAACUCUUUCAAAUAUAUCUUUAUAAACUGUAAAGACCCGUAUUAUGAAAAUUAACAUACUGGUUAUAUGCUUCAUUGGAAUAACACAUCUGUUAAUUCAUUGAAAUGGUACUCUUUAUGUUGGGAAAAAUAAGUUUUAUGUAUUUGUAUGAUUACUGUGAGUCAUAUUCUGAUCUUUCAUCAUGCAAAUACAUUGACUUCAGCAAACUUAGGACAGAUGUGUAUCUCUACAAGAUUUGUGCUGUUUUGGAAAAAUGCUUCUAACUGUAAAAGAUGUAAAUAUUUGAAAUGGUAUUAUUCUAAUUGUUCUGUAUUUUUUGUUGUUAUAAUUUUUUUAUAUUCCCACACAACGAUAGUGGUGUUGAUUUCUAGAAUUUUCAUAAAAUAAGCUAAAAUUGUAUGUUAAAACUGGGGCAUAAAUAGUGGCUCCAAUAAAUCAUUCAUCCUCUUUAAUAUGCUGAAGUACUUAAUCAAUAAAUAAUAAAAGGAAUCUCCUUCACCUGUAAUUUUGAAUAGGUGAACUAGAAGCUACCUGUCUGUAUAUCAUUAGUAUUAAACUAUUAAACCACACUCUUACUAUCCUGGGUUUGCAAAAACAUCUCCAAAGUCUCCACAGUAAGAACAUGAACAGUUCAAAGAAGAUUAAAGUGAGAGUUCUGAAUGUAAAGAAAUUAAAAUAUUCCAGGCAGCCUCAAUUUACAGUGAUACUUUAUACACUAAAAAAAAAAAAA